AUGAGUAAGGACAGCAAACCUCGCACGUUUGAGGACAAAGUCCUCUGUCCCAUUUGCUUGGAAGUGUUCCACAGCCCGGUCACCACCGCAUGCGGCCAUAGCUUCUGCAUGACCUGCCUGCAGAGUUGCUGGGACCACCAGGCCGCCGCGGGGGCCGGUUACUACUGCCCCCAGUGCCGCGAGAGCUUCCCCUCCAGGCCCCGCCUCUGCAAGAACGUCCUCCUGGGGGAGAUGGUGGCCUGCUUCACCCAGGCCAAGGGCCAGGCUUCGGGGCCCUUGGGGAACGCGGCGGGGCCCCGGGACGUGCCCUGCGACUUCUGUUCGUCCCGGAAGCUCAAGUCCGUCAAGUCGUGCCUGCAGUGCAUGGCCUCCCUGUGCGAGAAGCACUUGCACAGCCACUUGGAGGACCAGGCCCUCCAGGACCACCAGCUGCUGGAGCCCCUGUGGGAUCUCAAGGCCCGCCUGUGCCAGAAGCAUCGCAAGCUGCGGCGGCUGUACUGCCGCACGGAGGGCUGCUGCGUGUGCCGGGCCUGCCGGCUGGAGGCGCACAAGGACCACAGCACCGUGCCGCUGGAGAAGGAGCGCGCCCGCCUGGAGGUCGAGGUCCGGAAGGUGCAGGCCAGCGUGGAGAACCAGAUGCUGACCAUCACCUCCAACAGGCAGAAGCACCGCGGGCAGGUGGCCUCUCUCUCGAAACGAAUCCAGAAAAUGCGAGAUGAGGUGAACGCCUGCUUCUCCGAGAUCAUCCAGGAGGCCAAACAGCUGCAGACAAAGAUCCUGGAUUUCAUCACCAAAGAGGAGGCGGCUGCCCUGGAGAAGCUGAGCAGCUCCCUCCAGCAGAGCGACAGCCGGCUGCUGAGGCUGGAGGGGGACAGCAUCUGGCUGCACACCCUGCUCACCAACUGCAGCGACGAGCAGUUCCUGCAGGAGUUCCCCAGGCUGAAGCACUUCCCAUCCUGCAAGGAGCCCCUGCUGGGCACCAACUGUGACGACGCCCAGAGCUUCUUCCAGCUGCCGGAGACGGUGGCUGAGCUCCAGACGUGGCUGGUGGACGUGUGUCUCAGCUUCGUGGACCAGCUCCCCUUGAAGGGCAUUAAGAUGAACUCCCACGAGGUGCUGCCGCCAGCCGUGGACAGGAAAACACUCCUCAAGUGUUACUGCAACCUGAACUUUGACCCCACCACGGCCACCAAGGAGCUGUUCCUCUUCCAGGAGACGCACUCCGUGCUGAACCUGGGUGUGCUCCUGGAGCCCUCGGCCACCGACGACCUGAGCUUCCAGCCGUGGCCGCAGGUGCUGUGUUCACGUGGUCUGUCCAGGGGCAGCCACUACUGGGAGGCCAAGGUGUCCAACUCAUGGCUAUGCCUGGGUGUCACCUACCGCCGCCGCAGCCCCCAGCCCGACGGCCCCCCGCCCCACCACGUGGUCUACCUGCUGGGCCGCAACGCCCACUCGUGGUGCCUGCAGUGGGACUCCCUCAGGUUCUCGGUGUGGCACAACAACACAGAGACUGUGCUGCACGGCACCUACCAGCACACGCUCGGCGUGGCACUGGACUGCACCACUGGUUGCCUCUCCUUCUACAGCGUGGCCGACGACGUCAGCCUCAUCUACCGCUUCCUCGCCACAUUCCUCGAGCCGCUCUACCCCGCCGUCAUGGUCAGCCGGGGCGCCUCGGUCACGCUCCAACAGUGCUCGGAGCUGUCAGCUCCUGGGCCGGCCCAGGGCAGCUGCCAAUAA